AAUUCAUGGCCCUCGUGAGGCCGCCAUUUUGAAAUCCAAAUCGUUCACAGUACACCCGCCCUGAAUCCAGAAACUAUGCCGCGGGGCCGACCUCGCAAACUGAGGGACAAAACCAACGACGGGACAGAAGAUUUGCAGGAAUCCAAUACUGAAAACACAGGAUAUGGAGGCACAGAGAGCAAGGAGUUUAAGUGCACGGUGUGCUCGCAGUCAUUCACCAAAGAGAGCCAACUGCAGCGUCACCUUCGUGACCAUGAAGCCAAUGACAAGCCACACCGUUGUGACCAGUGUCCCAUGUCAUUCAAUGUGGAGUUCAACCUCACGCUGCACAAAUCCACGCACGACCUUAAAAACCUCACCUGUCCGGUAUGCUGCAAGAAGUUCUCCCGGGCAGCCAGCCUCAAGUCCCACAUCAUGCUUCACGAGAAAGAGGAGAACCUAAUCUGCUCGGAGUGUGGGGAUGAGUUCAUACUGCACAGCCAGCUUUCCCUGCACCUGGAGGACCACCGCAAGGAGCUCUCUGGAAGCAAGGUCUACACCUGCAAUGUCUGCAGCAAGGACUUCAAGAUGUCCUCACAAUUGAAGGAGCACAAAAAGAUGCAUGUUCGGAAGAGGCCCAUUUUAGGAAGUUCGAGAAAUUACAAGAAGAACAUAGACAGGAGCGGUUUCACAAAUACUUGCCAACACUGCGGGAAGACGUUCAAGAAGCCCAGCCAGCUGGUUCGGCAUGUCCGCAUCCACACAGGUGAAAGGCCAUACAAGUGCACACACUGUGGGAAGGCCUUCAACCAGAAGGUGGUGCUGCAGACCCACAUGGUGCGGCACACGGGGGAAAGGCCUCACUUCUGCAAAUUGUGCCCCGCCUCUUUCUCCCAGAAGGGCAACCUGCAGUCGCACAUCCAGAGGGUGCACUCUGAGUCCAAAGGAGUACCGGUGUAUCCCUGCCUCGACUGCAGCUGCGUCUUCAAGAGACUCGGCAGCCUCCAUGCUCACACCAGCAAGAUGCACAUGUCCAUCAUGGAGGGCCCAGCUCAACCCCAGGAGCCAGUGGAGUCAGUCCAGGUUCCCCCAGGAUCCGAGAGGGUGACAGACGUGAUCCAGCAGCUGCUGGACCUGUCGGAGCCGGUGGCCGGGGACGGUCCUCAGGCCCAGUGUACACGACAGCCGCUGCCCAUGGACGCCGCUCUCAACCAGGACAUCCUGCAGCAAGCCCUGGAGAACAGCGGCCUGAGCGCCAUUCCGGUGCAGUCGCACACCCAGAACGGCGCUGUGUCGCGGGCCACCCAGAGCCAGGGCUCUGAGAGUGCCACCGCUGGGCCCUCAACUGGCCCGCCAGAUUCGGGCAAGGGCUCCGGGCCGGACAAGACCAAUCGGAAAGGGAGGAAGAGCAUCUACAAGAAGCACGUGCAAAUGCCAGGCUCCAUCCGUGAGGAGAACGGCAUCCGCUGGCACGUGUGCCCCUACUGUCCCAAGGAGUUCAAGAAGCCCAGCGACCUGGUGCGCCACAUCCGCAUCCACACACACGAGAAGCCCUUCAAGUGCAAGCAGUGCUUCCGCGCCUUCGCUGUCAAGAGCACGCUGACGGCCCACAUGAAGACCCACACGGGCAUCAAGGCCUUCACCUGCCAGUGCUGCAUGAAGUGUUUCUCCACCUCGGGCAGCAUGAAGGUCCACAUGCGGCUGCAUACGGGCGUGCGGCCGUUCCCGUGCCCGCACUGCGAGAAGAUCUUCCGCACGUCGGGGCACAGAAAGACCCACAUGGCGUCCCACUUCAAGACCGCGCAGCAGAAGAAGCAGCGCUACGCACGCAAGGCACAGAGGGUGCGGGUGGUGAAGAGCAGCCUGCCUCUGACGGACAUCCCACUGCAGGAGCCCAUCCUCAUCACAGACCUGGGUCUUGUGCAAAACCAGAAUCCCCGCAACAGCCUGUCCAUACAGCAGUACCUGGAUGUCAUGGUCAGCGACAGACCUUAUAAAUGCCCCUACUGCAAUAGGGCGUACAAGAAGUCCAGUCACCUGAAGCAGCACGUGAGGUCCCACACGGGCGAACGACCGUACAAGUGUAUCCAGUGCAGCAAGGGCUUUGCCUCGUCAGGCGUCCUGAAGUCGCACAUCCGCACGCACUCUGGCCUCAAGGCCUACAAGUGCCUCAUGUGUGACAGCACCUUCACCACCAGCGGCAGCCUCCGGCGCCACAUGACCACGCACAGCGACGUGCGGCCCUACAUGUGCCCCUACUGCCAGAAGACCUUCAAGUCCUCCUCCAACUGCCGGAAGCACAUGAAGACGCACAGGUACGAGCUCGCCCAGCAACUGCAACAGCAGGGGCAGGAGGCGUCUGGCGAACCCUCCCUCGACACCUCCAUGGCCGGCGUGGGAGACGGCGCUACCAUACAGGUGGAGAUAGAGGCGGACGCUCUGCAGCAGUCGCCGGCCGUGGGUGGCGACCAGCAAGGCAUGCUGGGGCUGCCCCAAGCGCAGGUGGUGGGUGGCUCCCAGCAGGAGGUGCUGCAGGAGCAGCUGGCCGAACCCCCGCUGGGGCAGGACGAAGACACACUGGUGACGUCCCAGCAUGCUCUGCCUCAGAACAUCGGCCAGUUUGAGAUGCAGAGCCUGCCUCAGCAAGCCUUCGACCAGCAGACGCUGACACAAGGCUUCCCCAUGGCAGACGGCUUUUCCCAGCAGCCCCAGUUCCCCACCGUGCAGCAGCUACAGGACUCCAGCACCCUGGAGUCUCAGGCCCUGUCCUCCAGCUACCACUCCCAGAACCUGCUGCACGUGCCCAGCACUGAGACGAGCCGUCUGCUGCAGGAUCCACCUCAGAACGACCUCCAGAUGCCCGCCCAGGACUUCCAGGAGGACAGCGAUGACGACAGCCGGAGGGUCUACAGGUGUUCCUUCUGCAACAAGGGCUUCAAGAAGUCGAGCCACCUCAAGCAGCACGUCCGCUCACACACGGGCGAGAAGCCCUACAGGUGCCAUCUGUGUGGCCGGAAUUUUGUGUCAGCAGGCGUGCUGAAGUCCCACCUGAACACGCACACCGGUGUGAAAGCCUUCAGGUGCAGCGUGUGCGACGCGUCCUUCACCACCAACGGCAGCCUCAACCGCCACAUGAUCAUGCACCUCAACAUGAGGCCGUACAAAUGCUCCAUUUGCUCGGAGACCUUCCGCACCAACCAGCUCAUCAAGAAGCACAUGAAGAAAGACCACAUAGCACCGGCUAGAGCGCUAGACGAGAACGGUGAGGAAGAGGACGGCGGAGAGGCGCCACCGCACAAGCGCAACCGUACCGACAUCAUCACCUUCACGGAGGAGCAGGCGGCGGAGCUGGCCCGCAACGAGCCCAGCGAGGACGCGUCCGUGUCCGAGAAGGUGCUGGUGCAGUCGGCAGCCGAGCGAGACCGCGUCAGCGAGAUGAAGGACAAGAGCGUCGAGCUGGAGAGCGAGCCCAAGUUUGCCAACCGCUGCAACUUCUGCCCUAAGAGCUUCAGGAAGCCCAGCGACCUCGUGCGACACAUACGGAUCCACACGGGAGAGAGGCCCUACAAGUGCGAUGCGUGUGGAAAGAGCUUCACGGUGAAGUCCACGCUGGACUGCCACAUCAAGACGCACUCAGGCCAGAAGCUGUUCAGCUGCCACAUGUGCAACACCUCCUUCUCCACCAAGGGCAGCCUGAAGGUUCACAUGCGGCUGCACACGGGCUCAAAGCCCUUCAAGUGCCCCAUCUGCGAGCUGCGUUUCCGGACCUCAGGCCACCGCAAGACGCACAUCCAGAGCCACUACAAGUCCAAUUUGGAGGCCAAGCGGAGCAAGAAGCCUGGCGAUCGGCAGACCCGGGCAGAGGCCCUGCCCUCUGUGGGCAUGCUGCAGAGCGGCCCUGCUGAUGCCACCGAGGUGGAUCCCGUCUACAUCUCUGGCAACCCCGUGAUGAGCAACCCGUUUGAGCAGAACCUGCUUCAGCCAGGUGUCGUGGGCCAGGCCAUCCUGCCAGCCUCCCUGUCCAGCGGUGACCUGACGGUGUCCCUGACUGACGGCCUGACCACACUGGAGGGCAUCCACCUGCAGCUCAGCACCACCAAUCUGGUGUGCCCCAACGUUCAGAUCUCUGGCAUCGACACCAGCAACAUCAACAACAUCACGCUGCAGAUUGACUCCAGCAUCCUGCAGCAGACGCUCUCCCACCAGCUGACCGGCGACGCGGGGAUCGCCCAGAUCUCCGGCGCUCACCUCAUGGCGGGCGACUCCGCCGUGCCCGCCAACGUGGUGAUCCAUCCGCUGACCAGCCUGUCCCUGCAGCCGUCGGCAGCAGCCGGUGGCAUGGGCAUGGCGGGGCUGGCCGAGCAGGACGCAGUGCUCACCGCCACUGGCAGUGGCUCCCACGACCUGUCACAGGUCAUGACCUCAUCAGGUCUGGUGGCAGCCAGCGGUGGCGGACAGGAGAUUACUCUGACGAUCAACAACUCCAGUCUGAGUCAGGUACUGGCCCAGACCUCGGCCGCGGGCCCCGCCCAGACCUCGGGCGACCCCCAGGAGAUCACCCUCACCAUAUCGGGUCAGGACCUCAUGCCACAGCACAGUGCAGCUGGGGGCCCGGAGCUGAAUGGCGGGAUUAGGCUCACACCCUCUAUGAACGCCCAGGCCACCGGCGCCACUCUGGCCAUAGGGAAUGAGCAGCUUCUACCUCAGAGCCCGGCAGGCACCGGGAUCACAGAGAGCAGCCUGCCCCCCAGCACCUCCCUGUCGCAGACGCCUGCGUCCACCCAGGGCCUGGUGAUGUCGUCGUCGGGGGUGGCGAGCGACGGAAGCGUGACCUUUACCCUGGCAGACACGCAGGGCAUGCUGUCAGGAGGCCUGGAUGCCGUCACGCUCAACAUCGCCUCACAGGAGCAGCAGUUCCCUGCCAUUCUGAGUGACGCUGGUCUCUCGGGGCAACCCACUAACUCCACCCAUCAAGUCAUACUGAUCCCCGAGGCGAGCCGGCCUGCAGCCAAGGAGCACGCCGGGGAGGCGUCGCAAGGCCUGCAGCCGUGUUUCUACUGCAGCCAGGUGUUCUUGAGCGCCGUCAUGCUGCGGCGGCACUGCAGGCAGGCUCACGGCAAGGAUCGCUGCCACGUGUGCCGCGUGUGCAACAAGGCUUUCAAGAGGGCCACGCAUCUCAAGGAGCAUGAACAAGUCCACCAGCAGGGGCCUUCGCUGAGCUCGCAGAGGCCGCGCACCUUGAAGUGCUCCACCUGCGAUAAGGCCUUUGCCAAGCCCAGCCAGCUGGAGAGACACAACAGGACGCAUACAGGAGAGCGGCCCUUCAAAUGCCCGCAGUGUGAGAAAGCUUUCAACCAGAAGAGCGCCCUGCAGGUGCACAUGGUGAAGCACACAGGAGAGAAGCCCUACAAGUGCGAGGUGUGCUGCAUCAGCUUCACGCAGAAGAGCAACAUGAAGCUGCACAUGAGGCGCUCACACAGCUACGGUGGGUGGUGAGGUCCACAGUGCAAGGCACAGGUCAGGGGAAGGUGGUGUUCCUGUGAAAUUAGAGAGUUCUGCGGGAAAAGCGUGCAAGAGGUUUGGUUAAACGUUUUCAGGGGAAAAAGCCAUUUUUAAAAGAAACCCUUUCCCUAGAUCUCUCCCACAGACUGUGCUGUGAGCUUGUAUUUACAGUAUAAAUGCAUUUGUGCUUCCCAAGCUGUGGGACUUCACCUUUAAGUGGUCAUGCUUUUACAAUUUAGCUGGAUUUCUGCGGAUCUACUGCAGAG